GUUGGCCCUCAUUAAAUGGUGGAACCGGGCCUGCGGCCUCCACCUCCACCCCCGGCUCCAAUGGGCCCCUCAAGCCCGGUUCUUGGCUCUGGACCGAUCCCGUGACUUGGGACCACAGUGGCGACCGGCAAUCGCCCUUUUUGCUCGGGGUUUGGGAGGGCUAUGAUGCGAACGAAAACGAUCCCAAUCGAUUCGUGGAUAACUUGGUUUCCAAAUUACUCGAGGCCGAGAGCGAUCCUUUGGAGCAUAUUCAGGAGGCAGCCUCCGCCUCUCUAUUCGGUUUGAGUCGACCCCUGGGGUCACUGACCCCGCCCGAGCGAACCCAAUCGUUGGUCCGUGCCCCCUCUGUGAUAUCGGAUCCCCCCAAAUUGGGUCUGGACAACUUAGUGGGUCAGCCAAGCCACAUCCGACCGUCUGAGAGUCCGACCAGUCGUUAUCGGCGCCUGUCCGCACUCAGAGACGAGGAUUUGGUCGGGGAUCGGAGCCAUGAAGGUAGCCAGACCCCAUGGCUACCACUGACACCCUCAUCCAUCCCACGGCAGCGACACUCGCCCAAUCCUUUGAGCAGUCCGGGCGAAUCGGUCGACCCGCAGGUUAAUGGCGAGUCAUCGCCGCCGUUGGAACAUUUAUUGGGCCAGUUGAGCAGCUUGCCCAAGGAGCAGUUUCUAGCCAUUUUCAAGAAUCUCUUGGACAACUACAAUAAUGACGCACCUACGCCCCCUGCUUUGGUCACCAACGACCCGCCAAUCAACCCCAUGGCCAAUGGAAACCCCGUAUUUGAGAGUCUAUCCGGUGGUAUGAGACACGCCUUCCGACCCGAGGCGCGAAACGUCAAGACCACCCUCUUCAAUAGUCCACCUCCAACCACAUCUCACGGCUUAAAUAACACCCCUCAGGCCAAUCUAAACCACGCGAACAAAAAUAAGAGCACCAAUUACAACAAUAACAACAACAAUCCGAUGCCAAUAUUGCCCAUCAACACCAAGGUCCCUCCCCCGA